AGAUGUCGGCAACUUUGUUGUUGUUUGAAGGCUUCAUGCGAGAGUAUUUUGAAUGAAAUGCCGAAACCUCUCGUGCUGAUGAAUCACAAAUCUAGUUUUGGUUGUCUGUCAUAAUCACUGCCCUUCUGUUGGAUUUAUUUCGUCUGUGAAUGUCCAGUGUUUCGUGUUGUCGUACACGUUCCCUUACGAUUCGUUGUCGGUGUGCUUUUUCGGAAGUGUAGGAGGUUUAUUGGACAAUUUUUGACUCUCUUGUGCCUGCCGACAAUAUAAACGUCGACAUAUUCUUUUUGUGCGACAGCUCUGAGAAAACCACUAUGCUUAAACCUCUCAUGAAGCGCUCUGGAAACCAUUUUCAGCACUGAGUGUAAAAACAGUGGGAACGAUUCAGCGACUACAAGGAGAUAAGUUUGGCAGCAAAGCGUUUUGUACGUGAUAUGGAAGUAGAUGACAUAGAUGAGACAUUCUUUGAUAGAAAUAUUGAUGAGAUUGAUGUGAGAGAAACUCCACAGAUUUUGGAGCUGGUGACAGAGUAAAUAAAUCAGUUCAGGCAAGUAAGAGUCAAUCUGUAAGAAACAGAGAUAAAAAAGAAACUCUUGAUGCUCAUAUGUGGGAUGAAGACGAUGUGGAUUCAGUAAAGGAUUUUACAGGAAAUGAUCGCCAGAAAGAAGCAAAGUACAUGGAGCGGACAGAUGAGGCAAUUUAUCAGCGAGCUGCCGAAGAACACAUUAGGAGACCACCUCUUUGGCAUGAUGAUGAGGUGGAUUCUGUCAGGGAUUUCAGCCGGGUGUCUGGAAAACAAGAACCCCCAUCAGGUUUAGCUAGUCAACAACUAAGUAGGCUUCCUUCAGAUGAGCACAUAUGUCUCUCUCCCCCCUGGAAUGAAGAAGAUGAUGGGCCUGUCAGGCCAUUUGUAACUGAAGAACCAGUUGCAAAGAACUUUAGCAUCAAUAACAUGGUGAUGGAGGAACGUAUGAGACAAGGACAGCCUCCCCCCUGGCAUGAGGAAGAUGAGAGAGAUUCUACCAAGGACUUUGCUGCCCAGUAUCGUAAAACAAGAUCCAUGGAAAAUUCGCGCCGUCCUUCCGAAGAAAACAUUUAUCUGACUCCACCCUGGAUGGAGGAUGAUCGUCAGUCUUGUGGGGGUCGGACUGGAUCAGAUCAUUCUUCAAACCGAUCGUACAGAAUGACCCUGGAAGAACAGCGAGCUAUCGAAGAGGAGGUCAGAAGUACAGGCAUCGCAGAGGCUAGCGAUAAAGUGCAAGUUCUCCGCCAAGAAAAAGCCGCCGAGAAAACUGUUGAAGGAGUCGGACCACCUGUUCCAGGAGACAGUGGAUUUUGUAGCGAGCAGGACCAGCAUGCGCAGCAAGGACAAGGACUCCCAGCUGAGGGUAUGACUAGUGAAGCUAUGUUACAAGAAGAUCCACUUAUUACCAAAGACGUCGUCAUCGUGGAGCCCCCAUCGGAAAAACAAACUGCUACUCAAAACCAGGCCUCUAGUAAAGUUAUGGCGGAUACUUUUAAGCCUGUUGCUUUGAAUCCAGCUGACGACAGCCGGCCAGUCAAUCAACCGUUACCUAGCAACAGGGACAGGCCGAGCAGAUGCGCUGGUCCACGAGAAAUGAGAAGUGAUCAAAAUGAGAGAAAUCAUAGCGGCGUCGAAGGAGGAAACCAUAAUCGGGGACUCGCCAGAAGCAUUAGUCAGUCGAGUCUGGAAGCCAUGUGUUAUUCACCGCAUGACGCUUUGGACGGUAUGGAGACGUCCAGCCUGGUCAGUUUCGCCAGCACCGCAGCCACUCAUCACGACCUUGACACACGAAUCGACAUGGUACAGUCGCUGUUGUCUAUGCUAGGAACACAUGACAAAGAUGACAUGUCACGGACUCUGUUGGCGAUGUCAAACAGCAAGGACAGUUGCGCAGCCAUGAGGCAAUCAGGUUGUUUGCCCCUUCUUAUUGAUUUGCUCCACGGCAAAGACUUAACGGACAAAAAUGCUCGCCGUGAGGCCCGCGCGCGUGCUGGACUCGCUUUGCAUAAUAUUGUCUAUUCCAACGUGGAAGAUAGGCGUGGUCGUCGCGAGAUACGAGUUCUAAGACUGCUGGAAAUCGCACGUGCGCACUGUGAUGUUGUGCAGUUUAAAGGCUUUGCAGUACACCCCUGUGCGGAACUGUGGUAUCCACCUUUGAGGGAGUAUGGGCCAGGUCCGGCUAUUGCUGCACUUAUGAAACUUUCGUUCGAAGAAGAUCACCGCACGGCCAUUUGCGAACUCGGUGGCCUUCAAGCUAUCGCGGAACUUGUGCAAAUUGAUCACCAAGUGAAUGGACAAUGCAAAGACUUCUACAGCAUUAGUCUUCGUAAAUAUGCGGGAAUGACUAUUACCAAUCUUACUUUUGGAAAUACGAAGAAUAAGAGCUUGUUGUGCGGGAUCCCAGGUGCUGUAGACGCCAUUAUCGCUCAGUUGAACACCGUUGAAGAAGAAGAGAUCAUCCAAGUUUCUGCGAGUGUACUUAGAAACCUGUCUUGGAGGGCCGACGAAUUUUGCCGCAAAACUUUACGCGAAGCGGGUGCAGUGAAAGCGUUGUUAGCUGCGGCCCAAUCAUUGCAGGGCGAGCCCGCCCUGAGAACGACCCUUAGUGCCUUGUGGAACCUGUCAGCUCAUUGCUCGGAUAACAAGACAGAGAUUUGUGCGACACCAGGCGCCCUGAAGUUCUUCGUCAAAUGCCUCAACUACUCCAGUCCAUCCGGUAGUAUUACUGUGGUAGAGAGCAGCGGAGGAAUUUUGAGAAAUCUCUCGUCCCACAUUGCCGUGCGUCCCGACUAUCGUAAGACCCUCAGGGAUUGCGGCUGCUUUCAGAUUAUGCUCACUCAACUACGUUCGCCAAGCCUAAGAGUCGUCAGCAAUGUGUGUGGUGCCUUGUGGAACCUGUCGGCUCGAUGCGUCGAGGAUCAAGAGCUACUCUGGGAGCUCGGUGCUGUGUCUCUGUUCAAGUCGCUUAUCAACUCGAAGCACAAAGCCAUCGCCCAGGCAGCAGCAGCAGCUCUACGAAACUUGAUGGCUGUGAAGCCAGGGAGUUCUACGGAUAACGAGUCAACAUCCUCCCGUGUAGCCAGACACUACCGUAGUAUGCCUGCGAAUAUGCGAUCAGCAGAGGCACAAGCUAGGAUUAAAAAGGAUCCAGCGAGAGCAUUCAACAGUUCAUCUAGAACCCAGUCUCCGAUACCCCAUGGCCAGGCUACCCAGCAUCCGCUUUCCACGCGCCAAGCUUCAAAGCAAGAUUACGAAGCUUCCUCUCACCCUGCCAGUAAUGUCCAGCCAGGCCUGGUUUCUAAGCAAUCACACCCUCAUUGCCUUGUCUCUAAACAGACAGAAGACUUGAGAUCGCAGCCGUUAUACUCAGCGGGUCAAGCUGGUAUCGUCCCAGUCACAAGGCAAGAUGUUGACUCCACGUCACGUGCACAGCAAUCUGGGAAAAAGAAAGUUGGAUCUUCUACCUCUCUCACUCACUCGAGCUCAAGCUCCAAUCAUGGCGUUGUCCAGGAAACCGAACCCAGUCCUUCCCUCUUGCGGAGCAGAUCAGAUGUUGGUCCCAGGGCUCUGGCCGGUAGACAGCGGAGAGCGAAGGCACGAGGCGCUGACGCGAACAGUAUGGACAGCGGAGCCUCUCUGGAGGGAAGACAUGCAGCAAAUUUCAAAUGGAACCACAGCAAUGAUUCACUAGCAAAGUAUCGUCGCCAACCUCGCAGAGAUGCUUCCUUGAAGCAGAAUUACGAACGGCUUGACGUUGAUCCCCGACAUAGUGGACAAGCUACCGAAAAACGCCAACACUGUCGUUCUUCGAGCGACGGUUGUGCGGUAAUUCCGCUGUUGUCUGACUCGUACCCAUUACAGGUAUCACACAAACCCAAAAGAGACACAGGAAGAGACAAGAGUUCUGGAGGGACGUCUGUGAUAUCCAAGAUCAGAAGUGUUGUACGGAAAAACGUGGAGGGAGGAGGUGGACACUAUCAAUGGCCAGCACCUCAGCAGGGAGAGACUACCUCCAUGAUUUCCCCAUCUACGGCUCGAAGACUCAACCAGUGGACUGACACAUGUCUUGGAGAGAAUUACGAGAUGACAGAGUUUGGACUGCAGGAGGAGAAUCCCGCCAAAAUACGUCAGGUGGUGGAGCAGCCCGGUGCUUCGAAUCAAUUCCUCACAAACGUUGCACAUUCUAAUCAGAAGCACUCAACACAGAAAUUCAAAUCGUACCGUGACUCAGAAAGUGACGCUGAUACAGAGAUUGCUUCCGAAGAUGAGCGACACCUGUUUGGUCACCCUCGGAAAGUUUCGAGUUAUCCUGAGGUGGAAAAUGCUUGGAUUCAAAAACCAACAUUCGAGGCUCAUCCUUCUCGUUCAGCGGAUACGGAGAGUGUUGCUUCGUCAACUUGCAGCUGUGAUCAAGUGGAGAAUGUCUGGAUUCGUCGUCCAGACCCCAAAAGCUCUAAAAAAUGUAAUUGCGGGAAGUGUAGUCGCAAUCGAGCCGUGAAGAAUGCGGAAAAAAACAUUCCCAAGAAACCGAUGGUGAAAAGUAGACGAGAUUCGACCGAGUCUCCAAUAUCCAGCCCCAGCUUGCAUCGUGUGUUCAAGAGCACGUCAGGACGCGAACAGAAAAAGAAUUUGGAUCCAAGCAAAAGAGGAGUUAAAGUUACGUCGCUGUGAGAAAAAUACUCAAUCUCACGGCACGCAGGGGAUAUAAAGGAAAAAUCAAGGAAAAAUUCCUUUUAAAGUGAUUUAAUAUGCAGUUCAUCAUAAUGGCAGACUGUAGCUCAGAUACCAAAUGUCUCUUGAGUGGUUUACGUUAUGAAAUGUUUUUAUUAGCAACCUGUCGCAACAUUUUCCAUGGUGAGAUCUCCCAAAGUUAAACUUUCUUCGUCAAGAAUGUCCUUAUAUUGGUUGUCGAUAUCUGUUCAACAAGGAGGGGGGUGGGGUGGGAGGAUUUCAAAAGAUCAAGUUGUGUUAAGAACAAAACCAGUGUAGAUAUAUCUAGUAAUUAACGGUAGUAUUGUAUUGUAUACUCUCAAAUGAUAAUAUAAGGUCAAGGUUAUGUGUACAGAGCACUAUGUUCAUCGUGACAGUGAUUAUAAUCUCAUAAAAUUGCCUUAAAGCUGAAAUUGGUUUGAAGUUUUGUUCAAGGUACUGUUGGAUAUAAAGGUUAUCGUUAGCCACUACUUUCGUUUGGAAGAGCUAGCAACGUUAUCUUACCACGUUUGCAUCCUUCAGGUACUAAGUACAACAUAUUAGAAAUCAACGCGGACGUUAAAAUGCGGCGAAAAGGUAGAACAGACAGUGAAUAGUGGACUUGUCAGGACUGAAGUUUUUUGCUUAUUGACCCUUCUCCCCCACUGUAGCUCCUCCAGGCUUCCUUAUAUAGCACCUUCACCUUGUUGUAAAAGAAAAGUGGAUCAAAAGUCAUUGUCUUCGGGAUCUUCUUAAGGUGUAACAAUAGCUUUUAACUUCGUAUGCCGUAUUUGAAGAUUAACAUCAGCAAAGUGUUAUUUUUGUAUUGUUGGAGUUCAACGACCAAAGAGUCGUGAAUAAUAAAAAUUCAAUUUAUUCAUUUUUUAA